UUUUUCAUAGAAAAAGAAGAUAAGGAGCCUUCGCCUCAAGAACACUAGAGAAAUCAAAGUGACAUACUUGCCAUGGAAAUCGUUGGUGCAGUGGUUAACAUGAUGCAGUGUUUUUGUGGAGAGACCUGUUCUCGUCAAUCCGUUUCUGAAACAUGUACAUACCUGAGAAGGCCUCGUGCAUUAGCAAAUAGACUUAAUGAAAAGAUGGAAUUGCUUAAAGCUCGGGAGGAGGAUAUCAAAAGGAAGUUACAUGUGGAAAAUGUAUGGCGUGGUAUGGAGCCAAAGGCUGAGGUAAACAUGUGGCUUAUCAAUGUAAGAAAGAUUGCAAGUAGUAUUGCCAGCAUGCAAGAGAAACUUACUAUAGACAAGAGGUGUUUAAACAGAUGUUUGCCAAAUUAUAUGUCUCGAUUUAAGCAGGGGAAACGCAUCAAUAAGAAAAUUAAAGAAGUUGACAGGCUCCUGGGCCAGAGCAUAUUUCCAGAUGCUUCGUUGGUUGAUAUGAUGCCUCGGAGGGGAAAGAUAUUGCCAGCAUCCUCAUUAGUAGGAGAAUCUGCUCAAAGAAGUUUGGAGACUGUAUGGGAGUAUUUGAAUGAUGAACACUCUGGGAUAAUUGGUAUUUAUGGAAUGGGGGGUGUGGGUAAGACAUCCAUCCUCGUGGAAAUCAAUAAUCGUAUUUUGAGAGAGAGCACAAUUUUUGAUUAUGUCAUUUGGGUCACAGCAUCCAACGAUUCAAAUGUCCAGAAAUUGCAAAAAGAUAUUGCUAGAGCAAUAGGUUUAUCUUUUGACGAUGAAGAUGAUGAAAUGACAAGAGCAGCUCAAUUACUUGAAGCGUUGAUGCGAAGAAGUAGAUUUGUUUUGAUUAUAGAUGAUUUGUGGGAAGCAUUUCCUUUGGAGGUUAUAGGAAUCCCAUACCCAUAUUACGGAUAUGACUGCAAGUUGAUAAUAACUUCUAGAUCCAAGAUAGUUUGUCGUGGCAUGGAAUCAGUGAGGGAAGUUGAAGUUAGUGUUCUUUCAGAGGAAGAAGCAUGGAACCUCUUUAAACAAAAGGUCGGUGAGGAGGUGCUAGCAUCUCCAACAUUACAAGCUGUUGCCAAGGAUGUGUCAAAGGAGUGUGGAGGUCUCCCACUAGCUGUUGUAACAGUUGGUCGGGCUUUAAGAAGAGAAAAUGAUCUGAGGCAAUGGAAAAAUGCAUUAAGCCAGCUGAAAAGUGCAACGGGAAGAAUAGAAGGCAUGGAGAAUCGAGUCUUUGCACGUCUGAGAUUUAGCUAUGAAAGACUGAAGGACAAUGUGACUCGUUCAUGUUUUCUUUAUUGCACAUUGUACCCAGAGGAUCAUCAUAUCGAGACCGAAGAACUGAUUAAGUACUGGUCAUGGGAAGGCCUGUUGGAUAAUCUUGGGUACGGAGAAUCCAAGAUGCUGCAGGGAAAGAUGAUAUUAGAUGAACUGAAACAUGCGUGCCUUCUAGAGAUCAUUGGAUGUCAAGAAGGUAGUUUGAAUGAAUAUGUCAAGAUGCAUGACCUCAUUAGGGAUAUGGCGAUAGCUGUUACAAGAGAGAGUCCACUCUUUAUGAUCCGAGCAGGACAUGAGAUGCGUGUCCCACCAGUUGAGAGUGAAUGGCUCGUAGGGCUUGAACGAAUCUCGUUAAUGAGAAAUGAUUUGAACUCUUUGAUUUUGGAACCGAGAUGUCCUCAGUUAACCACCUUGCUAUUGCAGUAUAAUUCACUGACCAAGGGAGUACAUCCUUCUUUCUUUAACCAUCUAAAAAGUCUUAAAGUUCUGGACUUAUCUUACACAGGCAUCUCUGGGUUGCCUGAUUCACUUUCUAAUCUCAAAAACCUUCAUGCUUUGCUUCUACGAAGUUGUUGGAACUUGCAUCACGUGCCAACAAUGGAAAGGCUAAAGGAGCUGAGGGUUUUAGAUCUCUCUUCUACAUCAAUUGAGUCUGUGCCCCCGGGGAUGGAAAUGUUACUCAAUUUGAAGCAUCUGGAUCUCUCCCACACUACGCUUAAUGAAUUUGAUAUUCAAAUUUUAGGAACAUACAGAUUUCUGGAGAGUCUCUUAACUAUUGGUCUAUGGCAACCUCUAAUGUUCGGUUCCGAUUUUGUUAACGUGUUGAAUGUUAUUGCUUGUGAUAAUCUCAUGACUCUGUUACCACUUGAGUUAGUGCAGCAUCUCAAAAACCUCGAAAAGCUCGAGUUGGAAAACUGUUCGAUGCUGGAGGAGAUCAUAGUCACUGAUGCGGAAAAUGAAGAGAUCAUUCAAGAGAACAAUGGUGAAGUGGUCCUCCCAAGUUUGCAAAAAUUAAGAUUAGUUUCUAUACCAAGACUGAGAAGCAUAUGCAGAGGUCCAAUGAUUUGUGAUUCGUUAACGACUAUAGAAGUCGUAGAAUGUCCAGAGCUGAAAAUACUUCCCUUCUUUUUGGAAAUGAGGCAGCAACUCGCUGCCUCUCUCAAACAGAUAAAAGGAAGCACAAGUUGGUGGCAGGCGUUAAGGAGGAAGCACCCUACUGCAACGUCCCUUCUUGCUCCACUCCUUAGACCCGAAAGGGAGUAUUCUUCUCCUGCUUUUGAACAUAGUCACAGUGGCAGCUCUGGAAAUUCUUCUUUCGGGGGUCGAUAA